AUGCAUGAGGAACACGACCUGUAUGCCAGCAGCCCCGUUAUGGAAGCAGAGUUGGAAGGCCAGAAGAUGUAUUUUGAGUAUUUCUUAUCCUUUAACCAGAGCGCGGUGCGAGAAUUCUUCCUCUCCAGCCCUUCCCUCAUCUUGGAGCUCCAGCUUCUCCUUUUCUUCAGUUUCCUGGUUUUCUACAUGGUCACGCUCCUGGGCAAUGCGCUCAUCCUCCUGGUCAUACAGCUGGACCCUCGCCUUCACACCCCCAUGUAUUUCUUCCUGACCCACCUGUCCUUCUUAGAUAUCUGUUACUCCUCAGUGACCGUCCCUAAACUGCUCGCUGUCCUCUCCUCGGAGCGGAGGAUCUCCUUCUAUGGCUGCAUCGCUCAGAUGUAUUUCUUCCAUGUCCUGGGGAGCUCGGAGAUGUUCCUCCUGGCCGUCAUGGCUUAUGACCGCUUUGUGGCCAUAUGUAACCCGUUACGUUAUACUGUCCUGAUGAGGAGGGCGGUCUGUGUCUCUCUGGCCACUUGCGCCUGGUUCGGUGGCUUCAUCCAUUCGACGUUCCACACGGGUUUCCUCUUGAGACUUUCCUUCUGUGGACCCAAUGAACUCAACAACUUCUUCUGUGACGCGACGCCGCUUUUAAAGCUAUCAUGUUCCGAUACCAGGAUGGACGAGAUCCUGCUCAUCGCCACCCCGGGCAUCCUGGGGCCAUCUUGUUUUGCAUUAGUUCUUGUAUCUUACAACCGCAUUGUGAGAAGCAUCUUGAGAAUUAACUCCAGGGAGGGAAGGCAGAAGACCUUUUCUACGUGUGCAGCACAUUUAAUGGUGGUAUCGAUUUUCUAUGGGACUGGCAUCAUUGUCUAUGUACAGCCUAUGUCAGUGUAUGCGCCAGCGAACCGCUUCAUUACUGUAUUCUACGCGGUAAUAACGCCCAUGCUGAAUCCCACAAUAUACGCUCUGAGGAACAAGGAAGUCAAAGUGGCUCUACGAAAAUUGUUAAUACCUCCCAAUGUAGCACAGGUAAAAACCAGCACAGUAAGCAACAUCUAA